CUGGAACGAACUAGUAUUAUUAUUCAAUCCAACUCUUUUAGAUAUAUCGAUACGACUCCUCUAUUAUCAAAAACCACUCCUGUCUUCUUGACCAUUUGGUUCACUCAACAAGGACACGUAGAAAAAAAAGAAGAAGAGAAACCUGUUUAGGACAUCCCCGGCGAUUACUACAAAGAUGAAAUUGCUCCUCGUUGUGCUCUUCUCUUUAUCUGUUCUGGUCUCUCAGACGGUCGGAGGAAGAGUCAAAGCUCCGUUAUUGCGGCAGAGCAAGACUAAUGGAUUGGUUUUCAGUAAAUCAUUCAAUUCAAUUUACGAUACUUCUAUGUACGGUCGAUUGCAGCUCAACAAUGGCCUCGCUCGUACUCCUCAAAUGGGCUGGAAUAGCUGGAACUUCUUUGCUUGCAAUAUCAACGAGACAGUCAUUAAGGAAACUGCUGAUGCUUUGGUCUCAUCUGGCUUGGCUGAUUUAGGAUACAUACAUGUCAAUAUUGAUGAUUGUUGGUCCAAUUUGUUACGUGAUUCUAAGGGACAAUUGGUUCCACAUCCUGAAACCUUCCCAUCAGGGAUUAAGCUUCUUGCUGAUUAUGUUCAUUCAAAGGGUCUCAAACUCGGUAUAUAUUCUGACGCUGGUGUUUUCACUUGUCAGGUUCGUCCCGGAUCCCUUUUCCAUGAAAAGGAUGAUGCAGACAUUUUUGCUUCUUGGGGUGUGGACUAUCUGAAAUAUGAUAACUGUUUCAACCUGGGGAUAAAGCCAAUUGAAAGAUACCCUCCAAUGCGUGAUGCUCUAAACGCUACUGGUCGCUCAAUCUUCUACUCGCUCUGUGAAUGGGGCGUUGAUGAUCCUGCCUUGUGGGCAAAAGAAGUUGGAAACAGUUGGCGCACAACUGAUGACAUCAAUGAUACAUGGGCAAGUAUGACUGCGAUUGCUGAUUUGAAUAAUAAGUGGGCUUCAUAUGCUGGACCUGGUGGUUGGAAUGAUCCGGAUAUGUUGGAAGUUGGGAAUGGAGGGAUGACUUAUGAGGAGUACCGUGGUCAUUUUAGCAUUUGGGCUUUGAUGAAGGCACCACUUUUGAUUGGUUGUGAUGUAAGAAACAUGACCGCCGAAACUUUUGAGAUUUUGAGCAAUAAGGAGGUUAUCGCUGUAAACCAAGACCCACUUGGUGUUCAGGGAAGGAAAAUUCAAGCCAAUGGGGAAGAUGAUUGUCAACAGGUGUGGUCAGGGCCUUUAACUGGUGACCGUAUGGUAGUUGCUCUCUGGAACCGUUGUUCAAAGCCUGCAACCAUUACAGCAUCAUGGGAUAUGAUCGGUCUCGAAUCUACCGUUAGCGUCUCGGUUAGAGACUUGUGGCAGCACAAAGAUAUAACAGACAAUGCGUCUGUCUCUUUUGAAGCUCAAGUUGAGGCACAUGAUUGUCACAUGUACAUCCUCACUCCCCAGGCGGUGGUAUCACGCUCUGAUGUAUAGUCCCUUCUUGUGAGGCUUUCAAAUCCAAAGAUUGCCACUGUGUUUGUGUACAACUUGUUAAGUAACGCAUGAAAGUUGUUAUUAUUCAGACGACUUUCAUAGUGUCUUUUGUACAAAACCUAGAACAUGUGUGUUCAUGAAGUUACUACAAUAAAGAAAUGCUUUUGAGGUUA